CGCUAAGCAGUGGAGUUAUCAGUCAGAGGCGAAGAAAAUGGCUGUUCCAUGUCCAUCUUCUCUCUCUCAUAUCUCACUCUGCUCAAAUCCACAGCCAAACCGCCUCCUGCUGACCCGACCCGAUAAAUCCCGGUUCAAAUGCAGUGCUGGCCAGACCGGGUUCUUCACCCGGCUGGGCCGACUGAUAAAGGAGAAGGCUAAGAAUGAUGUUGAGAAGAUUUUCUCCGGCUUUUCCAAGACUCGGGACAACCUCGCCGUCGUCGACGAGCUCCUCCUUUAUUGGAACCUUGCUGACACCGACAAAGUGCUCGACGAACUCGAAGAGGCUCUGCUGGUAUCUGAUUUUGGACCAAGAAUUACGAUAAAAAUUGUGGAAAGCUUGAGGGAGGACAUUCUGGCUGGGAAACUGAAAUCAGGAAGCGAAAUUAAGGAUGCAUUGAAGAAGUGUGUGCUGAACUUGCUAACCAACAAGGGGAGCAAAACUGAACUUCAGCUUGGAUUCAGGAAACCGGCAGUUGUUAUGGUUGUUGGUGUUAAUGGAGGUGGCAAGACAACAUCUCUUGGGAAGUUGGCUCAUAGAUUGAAGAAAGAAGGGGCAAAGGUACUGAUGGCAGCAGGGGAUACAUUUCGAGCAGCUGCUAGUGAUCAGCUGGAGAUAUGGGCCGAGAGGACUGGUUGUGAGAUUGUUAUGGCUGAAGGAGAAAAGGCCAAAGCAUCAGCAGUUCUUUCUCAGGCCGUGAAGAGAGGGAAACUAGAAGAUUAUGAUAUUGUCUUGUGUGACACCUCAGGACGUCUUCACACUAAUUACAGUCUUAUGGAAGAGCUGAUAUCAUGUAAGAAAGCUGUAGGAAAAGUUGUUCCUGGUGCUCCUAAUGAGAUCCUUCAGGUUCUGGAUGGAACAACUGGUUUAAACAUGCUUCCGCAAGCAAGAGAGUUCAAUGAUGUUGUUGGAAUCACUGGAUUGAUAUUGACAAAACUUGAUGGUUCUGCAAGAGGGGGCUGCGUGGUAAGUGUAGUAGAUGAGCUUGGCAUCCCAGUGAAGUUCGUUGGUGUUGGUGAAGGUGUUGAAGACCUCCAACCCUUCGAUGCAGAAGCCUUUGUUAAUGCCAUAUUUCCCUAGGCCUUAAAAGUGGUGGUUAGUGUAACGUAUUUGACGCCUUCUUUUUGGCAGGGGUGUCUCCUCUCGACAGAAGAGGUAAAGGAAACAGUGAAAGCUGGAAGUUGAAGUGAACAAAUUGAUAUUGCAUAGAAGCACGAUUCUACCUGCUAUAUUGUUAUGCUUGCUUAUAAUUACAUAUCCUGGGGCAGUUAAGCAAGUUUCUGCUAUUGGGAGCCUUGUUUUGCCCGUGAUUGCUGCUAACUUCAUGUUGCCGAGUGAGUUGCAAGAAAAUAUCUACAGAUGAUCAAUGCGUUUGCUGAUCUGUUAUAAGUACAUUUUAGUUGCCAAGAGUAGUACCAAGUUUUUCAGUGCGGGGAUUUUUUUGGGGGGAUCGAUUUUGUACUCUGUUAUUUGAACUAAUUGGAGUAAUUUAGACUUACCGUUUUACUUUGGAAAA